CCAAAGUCAAGAAAUAGUCACCGUGAUUUCACCUAACGAUGUGCGGCAUUUGUUGUUCUGUAAGCUUUUCUGUUGAGCAUGUCAGUAAAGAUUUAGAAGAAGAUUUACUAUACAGUCUUAGACGACGGGGACCCAACAGUGACAAACAGUUGUUAAAAUCUGAUGUUAAUUAUCAGUGUUUAUUUUCUGGUCAUGUUCUUCAUUUGAGAGGUGCCUUGACUGUCCAGCCUGUGGAAGAUGAAAGAGGCAAUGUGUUCCUAUGGAAUGGGGAAGUUUUUAAUGGGAUAAAGGUUGAAGCUGAGGAGAAUGAUACUCAAGUUCUAUUUAAUAACCUUUCUGCUUGUAAGAAUGAGUCUGAUAUUUUGUCACUCUUCUCAGAAGUCCAAGGUCCUUGGUCUUUUAUAUAUUAUCAAGCCUCUAGUCAUUGUUUAUGGUUUGGUAGGGAUUUCUUUGGUCGCCGGAGCUUACUCUGGCAUUUUAGGAAUCUGGACAAGGGUUUCUGCCUCUCUUCAGUUGGCACCCGAAUAUCUGGAGUUGCAGAUCAGUGGCAGGAAGUCCCAGCAUCUGGGAUUUUCCAAGUUGAUCUCAAUUCUGCUGCUAUUUCAAGAUGUGUGGUUUUAAAAUUAUAUCCUUGGAAAUAUAUUGGUAAGGAGAACGUUACUGAAGAAUGUGCUAAUAACCUGACCCAGAUUUCAGCAGACGUACCAACGUUUGUAUCAGUGGUCACAAGUGAAGCCAAACUAUAUCUCAAAAAACCUGUUCUUCCCUUAAAUAUGAUGUUGCCUCAAGCUUCUUUGGAAACUCACUGCAGAAACAGUUCUAGCAUUCUACCUACAAGAGAGACACUUGAGGUCUUUCUUACAGAUGGACACACAAAAAAAGUGGUUCAGCAGUUCAUUGAUGUGCUGAGUGUUGCAGUCAAAAGACGCGUCUUAUAUUUAGCUAGGGAUGAAACCCUGGAACCAAAUGAAGUUUUGAAAACCUGCAGUAGGAAAGCAUAUGUUGCAAUCCUGUUUUCUGGAGGCAUUGAUUCCAUGGUGAUUGCAGCCCUUGCUGAUCGUCAUAUUCCUUUAGCUGAGCCAAUUGAUCUUCUAAAUGUGGCUUUUGUGAAUAAAGAAAAGACCAGGCUAACUGUUUGCAGUAAAGAAAGAAGUAAACAGCAAAACCAUUGUGACAUAGACUUCUCUAAGAGUGUUGCUGCUGAUGCUAGUCCUGAUGCUAAUGUACCAGAUAGAAUUACAGGAAGAGCGGGAUUAAAGGAGCUGCAAUCUCUCAACCCUUCUCGAACUUGGAAUUUUGUUGAAAUUAAUGUUUCUGUUGAAGAACUACAGAAAAUAAGAAGAACUCAGAUACGCCACUUAGUUCAGCCCUUGGGCACAGUUUUGGAUGACAGCAUUGGUUGUGCAGUCUGGUUUGCUUCUAGAGGAAUCGGUUGUGUAGUGACCCAGGAUGAAGCACAGUCCUACCAGAGCAGUGCAAAGGUAAUUCUCACUGGAAUUGGUGCAGAUGAGCAGCUGGCAGGUUAUUCUCGUCAUCGCAUCCGCUUUCAGUCAUGUGGACUAGAAGGAUUGAACAAGGAAAUAGCAAUGGAACUGGCUCGAAUUUCUUCCAGAAACCUUGGUCGUGAUGACAGAGUUAUUGGUGAUCAUGGGAAAGAAGCAAGGUUUCCUUUCCUGGAUGAGAAUGUUGUCUCUUUUCUAAAUUCCCUGCCAGUUUGGGAGAAGACAAAUUUGGCUUUACCCCGUGGAGUUGGUGAAAAGCUAAUUUUACGUCUUGCAGCUGUGGAACUUGGUCUUACAGCCUCUGCUCUGUUGCCAAAACGGGCCAUGCAGUUUGGAUCUAGAAUUGCAAAACUGGAAAAAAAUAAUGAAAAGGCAUCUGAUAAAUGUGAAAGGCUCCAAAUAUUUCCUUAGAAAACCUUUCUCCUAAAAAGAUUAAAUCAUAAUGUGAUUUUUACAGUGUAACAGUAUUUCCUGAGUGACAGUUAUUCAAAAAUAAAAGACUUGCUUUGUUGCUAUGUUACUUAGUAGUUUUAUGUUCAUUGCAUGAGUAUUUACACUUCCUAUCACAGCCCUUCUAAAAGUUAGAAUUUCUUAUAUAAUAGCACUCACUGUCCUGCUACUUACACUGAGCUCCCUUUGAUCACAUGUGAAUUGAGUUAGGUAGGGUUCCCUACAUAGCCUCAAGAUGGAGGAGUUUCACCAGAAAGCCCAAGUAUUUAGAGUUAAAAAUGUGGCCACCUGAGGUGGGCUGGACAUGAAACUACAUGAAACUCUUUAAGAUGUGAUGAAUUAAUUCAA